AUGGAAGGCACCCAGUUCAAGGCUUCCGCGGGGAGUCUUCUCAAAGAUUCUUCGCUCGCCGACUUCGAGAUCAAAUGCGGCAGCGACACCUAUCAGGUCCACCGGGUCAUUCUCGCCUGUCACUCGCAAUACUUCAAAACGCUAUUUGAGGGACAGUUCAGCGAGUCCAGCAAGCGCAGCAUCGAGCUGCACGAGAACAAUCCGAACGCAGUCAAGCUGAUGAUCGACUACUUCUACCGCUUCGACUACGAAGAUGCGCACGACAAGAUCACUGGAUUCUCCAACCCUCUCGAACUCAACGCCGCCGUCUACAUCGUGGCAGCUAAGUAUGAUGUCCCCGAUAUGAAGAAGCUGGCCGUCAAACACUUCACCCGAGCAGCACCGCAGAGUGCUAUUCGUCAUGAAAGCCCUGUCGAGGCUAUCAGACUGGUGUUUACUGGCACAACUCACACAGAUCGCGUUCUCCGCGACGUGGUGCUCGAGUACUGGACCACCUUCGCCAACGUCUUGAUUGAUGGCCAAGGAUCAACUAUCACGCGACGUGUGGUGGACUGUGUGCCCGAAUUUGCCACUGAGCUUUUCAACAAAAGCGCAGAGACACAGGGCCUCAAGUUCGAAGCAAAUUGUACACAAGUUUACACCGGAGGACUGCACCGUCAUGCUUCCAUAUCAGCCAAUUCUAUCAAGGAGGUCUUCACUCAGAACUGCGACGUCUGCGGGGAGCCAAUGGCCACGCACAAAUUGCUAAAGGCGUACCAUCAAUCCGGGAAGCUUCACGCCGUUCUGGGUCCAUGCGUUGGACUGAUUACUCUGUCUCCCGAACAGCGGAUGAUCAUGCUUCUUCAGCGCCAGAGGCUUGCCAAGCCUAGGAGAUAUGAGGUGAAGAUAGCGACGAAGAUAGAUACUCAGACACAGAACCCCAAUCGAAGCAAUGCGGCUGUUAUGGUGGAUCAUACUUGCUUUCCUUAG